AUGGCUGCUGUCUCGCAUCCGCGGCAGUCCAGCGUCGAUCUUGACUCGCCCGAUCGUCCGUUCGACAACAUCAUCAAUUUCCGGGAUGUUGGCCGCUCGAUUAAUCGGCUGGUGGGCCGACCGAUUCUAAAAGAGGGUAUCCUCUUUCGUAGUGCCCGGCUGGACGAUGCAUCCGAACGGGACAAGCGCCGUCUCACAGACGAACUGCACAUCUCUACAGUGAUCGAUCUGCGAUCGAGCACCGAACACCAAAUGGCAACGACCAAACGUCGAGCCGAGCUGGGUGAUGAGGAUCCGGCCGCGUCGUCCUCCCCGGCGGACCAGCAUCUAGUCGAUCUGCCCGGGGUGCGACGCGAACUGAUCAGUCUGACGGGGAAAGCGUUCGAACGGACGCUCCUGUGGAAGUUGGAUUGGUGGCAUUUCAUAAAAGUCCUGGCCCUGGCGGCGUCAGGCUACCGACCCGACGCGGUGCUCAUCGUCGGCGAGCAGGUGAUGUCGCCGCGCGGAUUGAUCGGACUCGGCAAGGAUACGCUAGAUAGCAGCACGGCAGAAAUGCGGGCGAUAUUCGACCUGUUUGCUGCGGGGUCCGAGGAGCCCGGGAACGGGCUCGAUGGGGAGGAUGACGAGGAUGAAGAAGAUGAGAAGGCUGGGUCCCCGCCCUGCAACGGGGAUCGACCAUCCACGUACCCGAUCCUGGUGCACUGCACGCAAGGCAAGGAUCGCACGGGGCUCGUGAUUCUCCUGCUGCUGCUGUUGACGGCGCGGGUGGCCGAGGACGCCAUGCGCUCGGACUAUGUGCGGUCGGAGCCCGAGCUGCUCGUUGAGGUUGAGGAGCGCAUGAAGGAGAUUCGUCUGCUGGGGUUGUCUGAGGACUAUACCAAGUGUCCGGACGGGUUUACAACGGAAAUCCGUCGCCAUCUGGAUGAGAAGUACGGUGGCGUCGAGGGCUAUCUACGCUAUGUUGGUAUGGAUGAGGAGAAGCUGGAGCGGAUCCGACGGACGUUGCUCGCAUAG